GAAUGGUAUCUCCCUCCUCUCGCGGAUGGAUCGCGCCGCUGAAGCCGGGCAGCCUGAGCGCUGACACAGGAGCAGGUUGCCCACCGCCCGCUCUCCUCUCCUCUCCUGCUGCUGGAUGUCUCACCGACCGACCCUCAAGUGAAACAUUUCGCUACCCUGCCUCCCAAAAACAAGGUUACUUUGUUUUAUUUUUCCACCCCGGGCAGGAAGCUACCCGCUUCCCCUCACCAUGGCUUCCAACUUCAACGACAUAGUCAAACAGGGAUACGUGAGGAUACGGAGUAAGAAACUGGGGAUCUUCCGGAGGUGUUGGCUGGUGUUCAAGAAGGCCUCCAGUAAAGGACCCCGACGGUUAGAGAAGUACCCAGAUGAGAAGGCAGCCUAUUUCAGGAGCUUCCACAAGAUCACUGAGCUCCAUAACAUCAGGAACAUUACCCGGAUGCCGCGGGAGACAAAAAAGCACGCUGUGGCGAUCAUCUUCUGUGACGACACAUCCAAGACAUUUGCCUGUGAAUCAGAGCUGGAUGCAGAGGAAUGGUGUAAGCUGCUGUGCGUGGAGUGCCUGGGCAGCCGUCUCAACGACAUCAGCCUGGGAGAGCCAGACCUGUUAGCGGCGGGGGUGCAGCGGGAGCAGAACGAGCGUUUCAACGUGUACCUAAUGCCCACCCCAAAUCUGGACAUCUACGGGGAGUGCACCAUGCAGAUCACCCACGAAAACAUCUACUUGUGGGACAUUCACAACGCACGCCUCAAACUUGUCAUGUGGCCCCUCAGCUCCCUGCGCAGAUACGGACGAGACUCCACCUGGUUCACUUUUGAGUCCGGAAGGAUGUGUGACACAGGAGAGGGUUUGUUCACGUUCCAGACGCGGGAGGGGGAGAUGAUCUACCAGCGGGUCCACUCGGCCACGCUGGCCAUUGCCCAGCAGCAUGAGAGGAUGAUGGAGGAGAUGGAGAAGAGCUCCCAGAUCCACCCCAGAGAGACGCUAACCAAGUCCAUCUCCCUGCCACGCAGCGCCUACUGGCAGCACAUCACGCGUCAGAACAGCGUGGGAGAUCUCUACAGUUACCAAGGAAGCGGCCUGACAAUGACUUUUAUCCCUCGAGCACAGACGUUCCCCAGCUUUCUGUCUGAUGAGCAGGAGGAGAGCCAGCACCAGGAAGAGGCGCCGUCGCCCUCUAGUGGCUGUGAAUCCAGUUGCAGCCUGAGACCCCUUCAAUGACAGAGAGUUGCUCCACCAAAACUGGACACUUUACCCACCACUGUAGAGAGGAUGUAGAAAUAUGUAUAGUGACAUGUGUAAUAUAUCAUUUCCUGUCGAAACUAUAGUGUCAACUGUAGAGCGAGUGGCGCACGGAAAGGAUCCUGAAGAGGAGCUUUUUCUGUGUGAGUUGUGUGACAGCAGCAGUAGCUUCAAAGAUCACACCAAAAAUCCUGUAAGUGUAGUUUUAAAGUGUUUUAUGUUGUCGUUUUACUGUUGAAGCCAGCAGGACCCCCCUCUUUUUUCUUUCUUUUUUUUUUUUUUAAAAUCAUUGCACUACAAGAAGUUCGAGGUACAAACACACCAAGGCCCACUGUAAAACAAUGCUAAAAAAGCUUUUUGUUCUGAAGUUGAUGAAAUCACACGCGGCUCGUUCCAACAUUGUGCAGCCUCAGCAACCAUUUCAAGAGAAACGCCACCAUUUUUGACACAUAACCCUCCCACACUUACUGUACUUCGCUCCCUCUCCAGAAUGUGAAAUUGAUCAAUGCCUUACACAGGAGCAGCUUGACUUUGAUGGCAGUGAUGAAUCAGCUAAAGCCUUUAAUCGGUUACAACCAGCAAAGGGAAAAAGUCAUUCAGAAGUGUAAUUCAGUGAUACAGGAGUGGACCGUCAUGUCAGAAAUGAUCGAAUGCAACCUUCUCACAGCCUCUACUUUAAACUGCCAACCCUACAUUACACUAGCAGGGCUAUUUGAGUUUAAUAGCUCCCCAGCUCCUCUCCAGCCUCACAUACAGUAUCUGGUUCGUUAGCAAAAAGGAGGGAAGCGAGAUGUUGGUGAUCUGAUGGGGCGACUUAUGCAAGAUGUAGAUAGGCCUUUUUCACAGAGGACAUUUUGACUUGUCACAGUGGGAAGUGCAGUGUAAUUAAUGAAAUUAAUGAUGGCCAGCUGCUUUGAUUUCAGGUUCCUGGUGUCCUACAUGUUGGCUCACUCACGCUGGAGCACUUGAACACAACAGAGCCAGCGUUAGCAUGAAUACAGGUCGAACUGUUUGCUGUCACAAAGUCCUAUUGUGGCAAAACAUCUUGGUAAUUUUUGCCGUGCUGGUAUGUUAUGUUCAUAUGAGAUUUAAAUUUACAGAAAUUUUAGCAUUAAUGUUUCACUGAGAAAAUCUAUGCUCAGUGAAAUACACACAAAAAGGCAUUAAAAGAAUAGUUUGGCAUUUUGGGAAAUUGCUUUCUUGCCAAGAUUGAGAUGAGAAAACCAAACCACUCUUAUGUUUGUAUGUUAAAUAUGUGGCAACAGAUAUCAGCUGCUUAGCUUAGCUCAGCUAACUUAGCUUAUUAUAAAGACUGCUAGCCUGGCUCUGUCUAAAGCUAACAAAGUCCAUCCACCUGCACCUGUAAAACCACAACUUGUUUUUACACUUAGGUUUUUGUACGGACAAAUGAGAUACAUGUUAGUGUGCUUAGGAGGUGCUGGUAGGUGGAUUUCUGGGCUAGCUGUUUUUGUGCUAAGCUAACUACAGCCCCUUUCCAACCACACAACACUUGCUAACAUCUGGCUUUUUUGUUUGAUGGUAAAGGUUAUAAUUGGCAGUUACUCUUGGUCAAAUGACUGCAGUAGUCACGGGUACUUGUCAGCCCCAGCCGAUCGGCUUUUAGCUUUUCAUGCUAAGUUUUGCCCCUUUGCCAGCAAUGCAAUGAUAGGCCGCCACAAAAUACCGUCUUUCUCCAUUCAAGCAGCGGCCAAACAUUGUUCCAAAUUUAGUCUGCACCGACAUUUUAACUGGCCUCCAUGCUGCUUUCUACUGUUUACCCAGUAAACAUUAGCUAUGUUUCCAUCCAAAAGUGAUUCGAAUCAUUGGGAAAUGCGCAUUAAAAGAAAUACGAAUCCUGUGUGUUUCCAUUAAAUGUACGGACUUUGGUGAGAACUACGAACUCAUUCGAGUUUUCCGCAGAACCGGAAACAAAACAAGUCUCGCAUUCUUCUUCUUCUACGUUUUCUGGCGGUUGGCAACCAGCUUGUAAAUGCAUUACCGCCUUCCCGACCCGGAGAGUGGAUAUCACCAUGCGCUACGUCAGACUUAAUUCGAACAUAACUGUUUCCAUCCCCCGUUUUGCGAAUCAGCAUUUUUUUCAAUCUUCUCAUUUAAGUGUAUUUCCCAGUGUCCAAAGAGACCUAUCUUAUAUUGUUUUCCAUCCACAAGCAACAGAAACUACAAAGAAAUAUCCACAACAAACAAAACCCAUCAAAUAUUUUCAGUGAAUGCUUUCUGUAGCAUGUGCGUGACAUUUGUCACUGAGUUCAUGACCGCUGUGACGAUAAUGCUCUCUGCAUUGUCCUCCUCAAGUAAGAAGUGCCUUCCGACACAGAUCGCAGAGUGUGAGACCUAACCAAAGCGUUGUCUUUGGGCUUUGAGUUUACCAUUGUGGGCAGAGUUCAGCUCUGUAUCUUCAAAACAUUUUGAGAAGUCUUAAGUUCCUCUUAAAUACUGUCGACCCAGCUGUGAAAUGUCAUACCUGAAACAUGAGACCUAACCAGAGCUCUUUUAGAAAGCUGAGAAUGACACUUGUUGCCUGUUGGUGGCUUUCAGCAGACACGUAUUCAUCUCUCUAAAUGGUUGUGGUCAAAGUGUUUGUGCUUUUUGUUACAUGAUUUUUUUUUAAAGAAAGGCAUGAAUCCAGAAAUUCCAGCGACAACUCUGAAAUUGAUUCCAGUGACAAUCAGUCUGGGGCAGCAAAGCAGUCCUUUAAAGUCAAACUUAAUUACUUUAUUUUUUAAGUGUUUUAAUUGUUGAAAGAGUCCUGUUGAACUGGAGGUACAAGUACAAACACUUAUUUUGUGUUGAAGUUUUGCAGUCAGUCACUUUAUUUUGUAUGUUGUAUUUAAAAGAUCUCAGCCUUCACAUUAAUUUGAGCCUCAAAGUGCCCAUCUACAAAUGUGUCUGCAUCACAGAGCCCAUAGUAACAGAUAGUUGUCGACAUAUCUGGCCACAUUUCUGCCCUAGUUGUCCUGAGUCUUAGUUCAAGUGUGGUUAAUAAAUGUAUGUAUAAUAGUUCCACUACAUCUGGAGCGUUAGAGCAGUACUAACUGAGACGACUGGACAGAGUUCUAGUUGACUGUGUUUAUCAUUUGCAAGUUUUGUUGUUUAUUGUAGCCAUGCACCUAUUUGUAGGUUUGACGUGUCGUCAUGAUUUCUGUUAUUGUUACUACAGUAUAUGAUUGUGUUUUUGUCAGCCAUGUUUUGUAUUCUGUUACUGUCAGGUUAUAUGUUAAUAGCACUUUGAAUACAUUGAGUGUAGGACUACAGUUUUCACUAAAUGUACAUAUGUAAUGUUUUUGAUGAUAAAAAAGGUAAUAAAUUGAAUGUU